UCGAUCAGUUGAACCUCAGCGCCCGGGGGCUCCACACCUAGCAGCUCGGCUCUUAGCACUCUCUUAGGGUUACGUGCAGCGAGAUAUAUAUCUUCAUCAGAUUUGAAAUCAACUUGCAAUGUUGCGCCCCUCAAUCCGACUGCUUGCGGUCACCUGCUGCUUCCUGGCGCUCGGCCUGGCAGACUACCCUCCAUUGCUGUCCUCCAUGCUCCAGUGGAUCACCAAAGGGAUGAGCAUGCCUAACUACGAGCCCCCAGACACCGAUAAACCGAGGCAGGAGUACGACUUCAUCAUCGUAGGAGCGGGAAGUGCGGGCAGCGUUCUGGCCAACAGGUUGACAGAGAUCGAGGAUUGGAACGUCCUGUUGAUAGAGGCUGGAGGCCCUGAGAACAUAAUCAUGACCAUUCCACUGCUCUCCCCGUUCUUACAAUUUACAGGAGUUAACUGGAGAUACUUCAGCGAACCAUCACCAUACUCUUGCAAGGGUCUGAAGGACGGCAGAUGUCCAGUACCAAGAGGAAAAGUCAUGGGUGGGAGCUCAGUCAUCAAUUUCAUGGUCUACACCCGAGGAGACCGCCGAGAUUACGAUCAUUGGGAAGCUAUGGGUAACCGCGGAUGGUCCUGGAAUGAUGUUUAUCCCUACUUCUUGAAAAGCGAGGCAUGCCAAUCAGAUGCUUUCAACUACAUGGUCAACCCAAGUUUCCAUCAUCAGAAAGGCUACCUGUCAGUCGACACUGCUCCUUACAAGUCAGAGCUUGCUCAUGCAUUCGUAAAAGCUGGUGGUGAACUAGGUUUCAAAGUUGGAGACUAUAAUGGUGGCAACAUCGAAGGAUUCUCAUAUGUUCAGUCAACAACAAAGAAUGGCUCUAGAUUUAGUGCUUCCAGAGCGUUCCUUCAUCCAAUCAGAAAAAGGAAAAACUUGUCAGUGGUUAAAUACGGGAUGGUGACGAAGGUAUUGCUUGAAGGAGAUAAAGCAGUAGGCGUUGAGUACGUCAAAGGCAACCGAAAGUUCCGUGUCCGAGCAAGAAAGGAAGUCAUCUUGUCAGCUGGAGCCAUCAACUCCCCACAGCUGCUGAUGCUCUCCGGAAUCGGACCUAAGAAACACCUCAUGGAAAUGAAUAUUCCCGUGGUUCAGGAUCUGCCAGUAGGAGAAAACUUGAUGGACCAUCCAGUCAUCGGUAACGUCAUUUAUACCGUUGAUAAACCGGUGAGUCUGACGGAGGACAUGGUCGUGGAAGCUGAUGUCAUCGCGAACUACAUGCUCAACAACAAGGGCCCAUUGACCGCCACGGGUGGUUUGGAGGCAUUGGCAUUUGUUGAUGUAUAUGAUCCUCAUGGUCCCAAUAGCUUCCCCAAUUUGGAGAUACAAUUUUGCAUCUCCUCGCCUCUUGCUAUGCAGUUUCUAAAUGCUAAUUUUGGAAUCAACGACAAGAUCUUUAACCAGGUGUACAAAUCCAACGGCUCUGUCCACAGCUACCUCAUGUUCAUGAACGUCAUGAGGCCAAAAAGUCGAGGAAGGAUAACUUUGAAAUCAACAGAUCCAUUUACAAAACCACGAAUUGACCUGGGAUUUUUUUCACACCCCGAUGAUGUUAAAAUACUUGUUAAGGGAGUUGAGUUAUCAAAUAAUAUCAGCAGAACAUCUGCUUUUAAAAGUUUCAGUCCCAAGCUGUACGACAAACCUAUUCCAGGCUGUGAUCAUCACCCAAGAAACAGUGAAGCCUAUUGGGCCUGCCAUGCCAGAUUCAUCACUGUUACCAACUACCAUCAGAGUGGUACUUGCAAAAUGGGACCACCUGGUAACCCAACAUCUGUCGUCGAUCCUAGGUUGAGGGUGAUUGGUAUCAGGAAUUUGAGAGUGAUCGAUGCUUCCAUUAUGCCAAUGAUUGUUUCAGCACACACUAAUGCUCCUACCAUCAUGAUAGGAGAGAAGGGAGCAGAUAUGAUAAAGGAAGAUUAUAAUAGGUUAAAAGUUUAAGUUAUAGCCAAUGAAAAUGUAUAAAAUGAAAACUGAAAUCAAAAGAAACAUGGCUAUAUGUAGAAUAUAGCUGACAAAAUGGUGUUAUAACAUUUAAAGCUUAUUUCUUAGAAUAUUCCUAUCAUCCAAGAAAGUUUAAAUCUUAUUUUAAUUUAAAAUUCACUCAUAAUGAAUAAUACAAGGUUAAUAGGUUCUUGGAUACACUGCAGGAGGAGUAAUCCCCUAAUGCAUUUUACAAGCUUUUAUUUAAACAAAUGAUUUGUUAAUAUUUGAUAUUAAAAUAUUAUUAUGUCCAUUUAUAAAUGGCAUUUAAUUAGAGUUUCAGUUUUGACACAACUUGCUUAUUUAUCAAGUGUAUAAUUAUGAAUAAGUUGUUUGAAUGUAGUUAUUUUCUGUAGCGAUAAUUUUGGUUAUGACUAUCAUUUUUAAAAAUGUUUUAUUAUAAUUUUUAUCAAGAGUAUUUUUAAAAAAGGAAUGCAGUGCACAUACCCUAGUCUGUUGACCAAUUGUUCAGUGUUAUUUUAAGAAAUGAGAAAAAUAGUUCUUCUUCUUUUACCACCUCCUUAGUGGCAUCAGCAUGGAGGAACAGCCUCGGUCCAUCUCGUCCUCCUUCACAUAUCCACCAUGGUGCUACCUCUGGCUCGCCCGAGUCUCUCCAUGUAGUCAUAAUACAACAGCCUAGGCCUGCCUCUUAGUCACCUUCACUCUGAUUUUGCUUCUAGGAACCGUUUUGCCUUUCGGCUAUCACCCAUACACAUGGCCAAACCACUUCAGUAGUCCCUCCUCCAUGACUUGUUUUAUAGGCCUUAUGUUCAGCUUCUCUCGUUCCUCCAGUGGUGUCUUCGUGUUUUCCCAAAAACUAUCCUGAGGUAUUUCAUCUCUAUGCCCAUUACUUUACUUGCAUGUUUGAUCACUACCGUCCAACUCUCUGCACCAUGCAAAAGGACAGGCAGAAAUAUUGUUUUAAACAAAGCUUAAACUUUACCUCCUGUUUUCCUAAUAUUGUAGUGCAGAUAGAGUAAAACACACCAUUGGCCUUCUUGACUCUAUUUAAAACCUCCUAGUUGAUCCUUCUAUCUCUGCUGAAAAUGAUGCCCAAAAACUGGUAGUUAUCUACCUUUUCUAAUGGCUCAUUAUUACAUUUUAUGAGAACUUAGUCUUCCACAUCUCGCCCGACGAGCAUCACCUUACUUAUUGUAGAGUUUAUUUCCAUUCCCAUCCUCUGAAGUUCUUCUGACCAUUCAUUGAAUGCCAGCUGCCUUUCUUAGGUGUCAGCAGUCUGGACCACAUCAUCUGCAUAUAGGAUAGCUUGUGCCUGCACAGAAAUAUUAAAUUCUGGUAUCCCAUUGUUGCACUGCGUGUCCUUCUCUAAUAAACCUUUCCAACUUCAUCCAUGUAUAUGAUGAAUAGUAGUGGGCUUAGGCUAUCACCUUACUUAACGCCUUUAUAAUACCUAAAUGGCUCCGAUUCAGAUCCAUCUCUAUCCCUUGCAACCUUCAAGUACAGGAAUGUCGAAAAUUGUUUCUUUCGUAAAAUGAUCUCCAAUCUAUUUUCAUAGAAAAUUUAGAUUUAAAACCUAGCAAAAACUUUCAUAAAUAAAUUUCAAUCAAAUAUUGAUUGUACCUGGAAUCAUAGUAAAAAUUGUCGCUAAUAUGUAUUUAUUUUAAAUUAAUAUAUUUAUUAUUCUGGAUUCCUAUUUAAGAAUCCUAAGUUAUAUUAUUGCUGUUGACGUAUAGAAAUGUACAAAUUAUUAAUAAAUUAUAAACAAAGUGAAAUAUAUGUAACCUCAUCAGGCUGUGAUAUGAAUGAAUUUCUAUGUAAUUUUUGAGUUCAUAAGGUGGUGUUACAUUUGUAGUUUAUUAAACAAAUAAAUACUUUGUUUACUUA